GUUCGCAGAUCCGUUUUCUCCGCUCCCUCAGAACCACACAGCACCUCCACCAUGGAGACUAAACCGGUCAUCACCUGCCUCAAAACCCUCCUCAUCGUCUACUCCUUCGUCUUUUGGAUAACAGGAGCCAUCCUGCUGGCAGUGGGAGUAUGGGGAAAGUUGAUGCUGGGCCCGUACAUCUCUCUGAUCGCCGACAACUCCACCAACGCCCCGUACGUCCUCAUCGGCACCGGGACCGUCAUCAUCGUUUUUGGCCUGUUCGGAUGCUUCGCCACCUGCAGAGGAAGCCCAUGGAUGCUGAAGCUGAUAAAGGGGACCUUCCACAGGACGUACACCGACGCAGUGCUGAACUACAACGCCGAGGACGAGGCUAGCCGUGCUGUUGACAACCUGCAGCACAGGCUGCGUUGCUGUGGAGUGUAUAACUACACCAGUUGGUUAGGCAGUGUGUAUUACCCGUCCAACGGAAUUCCCGCCAGCUGCUGCUUCAACUCCUCCGACUGCAACCCGGAUGACCUCCGCAACACAACUCUAGCCCCGAGCAAGGUCUACCACCAGGGCUGCUACGAGCUGGUCACUUCAUUCAUGGAGACCAACAUGGCCAUUAUUGCAGGAGUGACGUUUGGGAUCGCCUUCUCACAGCUGAUUGGCAUGUUGCUGGCCUGCUGUCUGUCCAGGAUCAUCACAGCCAAUCAGUACGAGAUGGUUUAGCUGAUGUGACGUGGCAGGGAGAUGAAGAGAAGAAGAGCCUUGACACAUGACGAGCGUAAAUUCCCGAAAACACUAUCACACUAUCUGACUUGGAAUUUACCUCCCUCCGUCUCUCUGCCUGUGAUCUCAAUGUAAUAUCUUAAUGUAUCUUACUGUAAAGCACCAUUCCUCGACUCACCGCUGUUGCAUCAAAGCGUUCUUUACCACACAUCCCACCGCCGCUUGAUGUAGAUGAUUGCUCAUUAGCACGUAUCUCGGAUCAGUGCAGCCUGCAACGAGCAGGUAGACCGUGGUUGUCUGGGUUUGACGGCGGCGCUGGUCUCAGAUAGGCGAUUGGGUGAGAUUCGGCUUCUCGGCUGGCUGCAGCAUGCUCCACCGAGCUUCAUCAGAACACCACCACGCAUCUUUGUACAGAAUUACUGAAGCUUGAAAGUAACACUUUAAUAGGUAGGUUUAGUUUUGCAUUUGACUUUGUUAUUGCUCGCCAUUGUAUAUUCCUAUGGUCGUGACAUUUUGUGAACUCAUCGUGUGCACUAAGGAGGAUAUUUUAAGUUUAUCUGAUAUUUAAAGAAGCUGCGUAUUUUUACCUGUAGAUGAGGCAUGAUGUUUUACUGACCUGAUAAUCCAACACAGAAGCAGAUUAUGAUGUGCAUUGAGUGUUUAGAAUGUAAUUCAGUCUCAAAUACAGCUUUAGCCCGGGAUAGGUUCUCUUUGUAACUUUGCUCCUACAAACACUUUUUAUACUAAAUGUAACUCAAUCAAAUUUUGUUUUUGUUUUUUUAUUUUGAGGGGAAAGAAAACUAAACAAACAAAUAACACUGGUUGUGGAAUAAAUCAGAAGAAGGCCAAGUCAUACCAGAAAUUGAUGCUACAGUAUCUGUGAAGCUAACGGGACGAUAAAUUUAAACAGUUCAUCCAAAAGACGGGAGUUAUAGCAUCAACUCCUGUCUCAUAACUGUCUGCAAGUCCAUUUUUUGUGGAGCAUCUUAUACACCCACCAGAGGAGGAUAAAUAAAAACGGAUGACGCAACACAGCUAAUAUGCUACAAUAGCUCCGUCAAUGUUGCCACUAUAUUGAACGCAUAAAAGUCAGUUCUGCUAAUGCAUCUGUCACGAUGACUUGUAAUCAGUCAACGUAUACAUAUGGGCUUUACAUUAUAAUUAUUUAAUUUUGCCACAAUAAUCCAGUUUUAAAUGCUGGUGUGACCCGGCCAUUUCCGGCUCUGAGUCAAACCUUACACUUGAUUAUCUGUGAGAUUUUGUGCGCUUCAAACAAUACAGAGAAUCAUACAGAUAACAGUGCACACUUUCUCUUCUCUAAAGGCAUUCAUAGCGUUUCUUCUGUGUGAAUAACAAAGGAGAGCGAUUGAGAGAGAAGGUUAGAUCCUGCCAGCGUUCACACCUCCGCACACCUGGCCGAUCUGUGCGAACAAUAUGCAGCUCGACGAUCCAAGAAGCACUUCAUUAGACACAUACUGACACCUUAGUCAUGUUUCAGUACUUGUCUCUCUAGUUUAAAUUAAAGUAACUGACUAAAUUCCAAAAUGUAAAGAUUUAGCUUUAAAAUGGCAACUUUAACUUAGCAUAUUUUUUUUGCCCAUAAGGAUUCUGGGCUUGUAAAGGUUUUAAAAAUGUUUCUGUUAGGGUCAAAUCAAAUCAUAUCAAUUGUUUUCUCCUGAUGGAUUAUAAUACCAGCUGAGUGUUACAGUGAGAGGCGUUGAUAUUAGGGAUAUACGCAGGACACCAACUAGUAUUUACAGUAUCCUAUGUAGUGCAUCAACACGCCAUCAUCAUCAUCAUCAUCAUCACCUGUAGAUAUUUAUGGGAAAUGUAAUUUAUAUGACGUAAUAUUUCUCAUCCUAUUAUGCUUAUCAGUAUAAAUGUUGUGUCCCAGUUUUGAUUCUGCACAUCGUGCCGUAUUUGGUUGAUUAGUUUGUAGGAAAAACUCGCACUGGAAAAAUAAUUGUGGCCAAUGUUUUUGUUGAGAGUGACGUGCAACCUGUAGGUGUUUCAAUUUUAGCUGUAUAUUUAUUAUGGUUUGGUUGGCAUUAGAUUUACACCGAGUGAAUUUCUAUCACUCUCUCAGUAUGUGUGCGUAUGUGUGAUUUUCUGCCUUUUAUUUGACUGUAUCCUUAACCUUGAGUGUGUGUGUGUGUGUGUGUGUGUGUGUGUGUGUGUGUGUGUGUGUGUGUGUGU